AUGCCUCCUAGGAUUCCCCAAAGCAUAUUUUGGGAGCACACUCGUGAACCCUACAGGACAUUCCCGCACCACAGCGGCCCUGAGCACGAACGUCUCCUGAAGGAAGAACUCCUUGACUAUCCCCCUUAUAGGAAUUGGAAAAGUUCGUGCUCUGCCUCUGUAACUUAACUCUUUUUAGUUCGGCACGGUUUCCAAGACGCAAUUAUGGUUCGUGACUAUAAAAGACGCAUGGUUGCCGCUCAUUUUGCGCCACUACGUGUCCGCCUAAAUGCCAUUCGAAAGAAUACUAUUCUUCCUAAAGAUGUUCGCGUACGUUUCAGGUUUUGUUAUUACCCGCUCAUAAAUUUGACAUUUUAAAAUGUAGACAUUUUUCAUUUAUUAUAUUUACACAGUGGCUCUUAGUUAAUGUGGCGACCGAUUAGGUGUACCAACCGCCCAUUCAGAUUACACGUUAAGCUGUUAAAGACUGCAUUACGGGUGACAUAAUUCGCUUGGUAAGGCUGCCACUCAGUCACUUUGGCGGACGAGUAUUCCAAGGCGGGGAUGCCAAUGCUCGACGGAAUAGCCUGGGCAGCUAAAGCAGGAAUGUGUUGCAAACAGCGGUAAAUUGGCGCUUUUUAAUCAUUUUCUGUUAGCUAACGGUUGUCGGCGCGGUUUUUUAUCCACUUUGCUCAUUUACACACGAGUAUGUCAAACACCGCAGACUGGCGAAGACGGCCAUGUUCAAGUCCAUAGUCUGACGCGUGACGAGAUAGAUCUAAGGGCACCAAGUAACAGCAAAACCAGGGAAAACUCAGGCUUUUUAGCAGCUCCUAGUCAAUGAAUAUUCAUAAUGACUUCAGAUAAUUUGGCCAGUUGAUUAAUCGGUCAAAAACGAUACAGCCCAACGUGAACUAACUAUCCGGAGACCAUGGCAUUCGUGCUCGACAGAAUUUUCUAGAUCGCUUCGACCUCGUCUCGGCAGUUACUUACCUGUCCAACCAUCUUAUAAAGUGUUUACUAUUUGAUUUAGUAGAACUUGUAUGUCUGUGACGGGGUUCCAUUGGCUUCACCGUCCUAAACUCAACUGAUUCUUCAGGGUAAAGAAAAAUCAACCGAUCCGAACUAAGUGGUCGGGCCUAUACGCGAGUAACUGCCUUUUAUUCCAUACUGUCGGCUUCUUUCUGUUCUAGGACACAGCAUCUGUACAAAUCCACUCGCUGCCGCGCGACAGCUGUUUCACGCGCAUAAUGACGCGUUGCGUCGUUACAUCCCGAAGGCGAGGAUGCAAGACUCGCUGGCGCGUAAGUCGAAUCAUCUUCCGCAACUAUGCUGACUAUAACCGAAUGUCGGGGGCCAUAUGGGCCGUGUGGUCGCACCACACACAGUGCACACGUCGGCACAUGGCUUGGCCACCACCGGCCGACAUAUCUACGACAGGCUACAUUGAGAAAUACCACAAAAACCUCAGCGACUAGCGCAAGCACUCCCCCUUUUGAGUACCUUCCCUUUGUAAAUAGACUUGGAUGCGUCCUAAAAGUAAUUAUAUAUUCAAUGCUCUCUUUUCUUCCGAGUCGUUUUCUGAUGAGUAUUCGUACGCAUUAAUUGUUGAGUAACCAUCCGUCUCGGGUAUCUCUUCAUCCCUUUGUGAUAAUCCGACUCUUUAAAUCAAUUGGGCAUAUUUAGUUAUCCGCGUU